AAUGGUCGUUAGAGGAUGCGAAUUAUUUUUUUCCAUUUUUUUCGUCUGUCUACUUAUAAUAAUCUAACAUUCGCUAAAUCUGUUUCAGCUGCGUGGGCUCCUGCCGCUGGAUGGGGUGGUGCCGGAUGGGGUGGUGCCGGAUGGGGUGGUGCCGGCGCCAAAGCUGCGUGGGCUCCUGCCGCUGGAUGGGGUGGUGCCGGAUGGGGUGGUGCUGGAUGGGGUGAUGCUGGAUGGGGUGGUGCUGGAUGGGGUAAGGGGAGCUGGGGUGCCGCUCCCCUUGGAUUAGGACUUAAGUUAGGCUAAAUCUUUUUUACACUGAUAAAAAACCCGCCACUAUCCCACCAAUAACUACACAUCGCAAAAUGUACCUUGCCUUUAAUAUCAGAUACAUACAAAUUUGUUGAUGCAUUUCGCAAUUCUCCCUGAAGUCAAUAUUCGCAAAAUUCUU